CUGUACUGUUAGGGUCCACCUGGCAGGUGGGUUUGCUCCAGAGGAGCUGCUCCUCCUCCUCCAGGCUGUGACAGCAGAGGGAGCAGGGAGUCCGCUUCAUGCAGCCAGCCCCGGUCAUGUGACUGACGGACUCCUCUCUGCUGAGUUGUUCGCAUCUCCCACAGUCAUGGCGGUGUCGGGGAGUCUCGGAGAUGGAGUACACGCCGCAUCUUGAUUUCAUUUCUUAAGCUUUCAUGCAGGACUACCGCACCCGCUGUCACCAGAGAUAUCGCAAACAUCCCGCAGGCUGCUUGUGCUCCCGACGAUGGCCGACCGCGGCGUUGAUCUGUCGGCUCUGCCUAAAGAGGUCAGGGACCAGCUGGCGGAGUUGGAUCUGGAGCUAUCCGAAGGUGAUAUUACACAGAAGGGCUAUGAGAAGAAAAGGACCAAACUCCUGGCUCCCUACAUCAUUCAUACUCCAGUGGCGCCGCCCCGUCAGAAUGACGUGCAGCCUCCGGCUCCCAGUUCCUCCUCCAGUCACCCCCCUCCACCCUCCAGCUCGUCCCGUUACAGAGAACGUCGCUCCCGCAGAACGCAUCGCAGCGGAGGAACCAGGGAUGACCGCUACAGAUCAGACAUCCAUACAGAGGCAGUACAAGCUGCCCUGGCUAAACAUAAAGAGGAGAAGAUGGCACUCCCCAUGCCGACCAAGAGACGCUCCACUUAUGUGCAGUCUCCCAUUGAAACCCGCACACCGCCAGACUCGUCGUCAGGAUCUGAAGAUGAGACGGCUGUGCGCAGGCAGUCAUCAGUGGUGGCUUCUCCGCCUCAGGUCAAUCCAAACCUGCAGAGCCCGGACUCCUGGAUAAACCGCACGGUCCAGGGCUCCUCCACUUCCUCCUCAGCCUCCUCCACUUUGUCCCACGGAGAGGCCAAGCCGCAGCCUCAGAGCCAGCCUCAACCUCAGCCUCAGUCGCAGCCUCAGCCUCAGUAUAAGCCGCAGUACCAACCCCUGUAUCAGCCUCAGUACCAGCCUCAGUCCCAGCAGCAUGAGCAUCCCCACGCUGCAUCGGUGGCGGACAUGCUGGCUCAUAGUCGCAUUGGCCCCUCUGAGAACAGCGCCCCCCCUCCAGAUGUGACAGCCGUGGCCCCUCCGUCCAGAGGCGCACGGGUGGACCUGCCCUCCAACGCUGUGGUCAGAGGGAUGAGCCGCGGGCAGAGCCGCUCGAGCAUGAUGGAGACUGCGGACGGAAGAGGUAAUAUCCUGAGAGUUCCCGUGAGCAGCAGAGUGUCCACAAAGAUCCAGCAGCUGCUCAACACCUUGAAGAGGCCCAAGAGGCCGCCGCUUAGUGAGUUCUUCACCGACGACCAAGAGGAGAUCGUGGAAGUGCCCCAGCCAGACCCCAACACGCCGAGGCCGGAGGGCCGUCAGAUCAUCCCAGUAAAAGGGGAACCUUUGGGUGUGGUCAGUAACUGGCCUCCAGCCCUGCAGGCAGCGUUGGCCCGAUGGGGGGCCACACAGGGGAAGAGCCCCGCCCUCACUGCUCUCGACAUCACAGGAAAACCGCUCUACACGCUGACUUACGGGAAGCUGUGGAGUCGCAGCGUGAAGUUGGCAUACACCCUCCUGAACAAGCUGGGCACCAAGAACGAGCAAAUCCUCAAACCUGGAGACCGGGUGGCGUUAGUGUACCCCAACAGUGACCCUGGGAUGUUCUGGGUGGCCUUCUACGGCUGCCUCCUGGCUGAGGUUAUACCUGUACCUAUUGAAGUACCGCUGUCUCGCAAGGAUGCAGGUAUCAGCCAAGUGGGCUUUCUGCUCGGUAGCUGUGGUGUUGGUCUGGCUCUGACCAGUGAGAUCUGUCUGAAGGGUCUACCCAAGACCCCCACUGGGGAAAUACUGCAGUUUAAAGGCUGGCCCCGACUAAAGUGGGUGGUGACAGACUCGAAAUACCUGACCAAGCCUUCCAAAGACUGGCAGCCGCACAUCCCCACUGCCAACACUGACCCUGCAUAUAUAGAGUACAAGGCGAGUAAAGAGGGCACAGUGGUCGGCGUGGCCGUGUCUAAAGUAGCCAUGUUGACCCACUGCCAAGCGCUGACCCAGGCCUGCAACUACUGCGAGGGGGAAACUUUAGUGAACGUCCUGGACUUUAAAAAGGACAUGGGCCUGUGGCAUGGAGUUCUCUCAGCUGUGAUGAACAGGAUACACACUAUCAGUGUUCCCUAUGCGGUGAUGAAGGCUUGUCCUCUCUCCUGGGUCCAGAGGGUUCACAUCCACAAAGCUCGUGUGGCUUUGGUGAAGUGCCGUGAUCUGCACUGGGCCAUGAUGGCUCAUCGUGAGCAGAGGGACACCAGUUUGGCUUCGUUACGUAUGCUGAUCGUUGCUGAUGGUGCUAACCCCUGGUCGGUGUCUUCCUGCGAUGCCUUCCUGAACGUGUUUCAGUCCCACGGGCUGAAACCUGAGGUUAUCUGUCCCUGUGCUACCUCGCCUGAGGCCAUGACAGUAGCUAUACGCAGGCCGGGAGUUCCUGGCGCACCCCUCCCCGCCCGUGCCAUUCUUUCCAUGGGCGGCUUGAGCCACGGUGUCAUCCGGGUCAACACGGAGGACAAGAACUCCGCCCUGACUGUACAAGAUGUGGGGCACGUCAUGCCCGGAGCUCUGAUGUGCAUUGUAAAGCCAGACGGGCCUCCUCAGUUGUGUAAAACAGAUGAGAUAGGAGAGAUAAUAGUAAACUCCCGUGCUGGAGGAAACAUGUAUUACGGUCUGCCCGGAGUCACCAAGAACACCUUUGAGGUGAUACCGGUUAAUUCAAACGGCGUUCCCAUUGGAGAGAUUCCAUUUGUGCGGUCAGGACUCUUGGGGUUUAUUGGCCCGGGAAGCCUUAUCUUUGUGGUGGGGAAAAUCGAGGGUCUGCUGAUGGUGAGCGGGCGGAGACACAACGCUGACGACCUGGUUGCCACCGCUCUCGCUGUGGAGCCGGUCAAGACGGUGUACAGGGGGAGGAUCGCAGUGUUUUCAGUCACCGUGUUCUAUGACGAGAGGGUCGUGAUCGUGGCAGAGCAGAGGCCGGAUGCCAGCGAGGAGGACAGCUUCCAGUGGAUGAGCCGAGUGCUUCAGGCCAUCGACAGCAUCCAUCAGGUGGGACUCUACUGUCUGGCUCUGGUCCCGGCCAACACCUUACCUAAAACACCCCUCGGUGGCAUCCACAUCUCUGACACCAAGCAGUUCUUCUUAGACGGCAACCUGCACCCCUGCAACAUCCUAAUGUGUCCCCACACGUGUGUCACCAACCUGCCUAAGCCCCGCCAGAAGCAGCCCGUCGGCGUAGGUCCUGCGUCUGUGAUGGUGGGUAACCUGGUGGCAGGGAAGAGGAUCGCUCAGGCUGCAGGCAGGGACCUCGGCAUGAUCGAAGACCAGGAUCUUGUCCGCAAGCUCUGUAUGUGGCCCACUGUGAUGCAUCAGUAUUUGGCAGAGGCGUUACACUGGAGGGCGCAGACAGACCCAGAUCAUGUCCUCUUUGUUCUCCUUAACGCCAAGGGUGUAGCAGUCAGCACAGCGACCUGCGUGCAGCUUCACAAGCGGGCGGAGAAGAUAGCUGCAGCGCUCAUGGAGAAAGGCAGCAUCAACACCGGAGAGAAUGUAGUGCUGCUUUAUCCUCCCGGCAUCGAUUUGAUAGCCGCCUUCUACGGCUGUCUCUACGCUGGAUGUGUUCCCGUAAACGUCAGACCUCCACACCCUCAAAACCUGGCAGCCACGCUGCCUACCGUCCGCAUGAUUAUUGAUGUCAGUAAAGCUGCAUGUAUCCUAACCACUCAACAUCUCAUGAGGACUCUGCGCUCCAAAGAAGCUGCUGCCUCCGUGAACAUUAAAACGUGGCCGACAAUCAUUGACACAGAUGACCUCCCUCGCCGUCGGCCUCCACAGAUCUAUAAGCCGCCCACAGCGGAGAUGAUUGCUUAUCUGGACUUCAGUGUGUCAACUACAGGCAUGCUCACUGGGGUGAAGAUCUCUCAUGCAGCAGUCAGUGCACUGUGUCGCUCUAUAAAGCUGCAGUGUGAACUGUACUCCUCUCGCCAAAUAGCCAUCUGCCUGGAUCCUUACUGCGGUCUGGGCUUCGUCUUGUGGUGCCUCUCAAGUGUUUACUCAGGUCACCAGUCCAUCCUGAUUCCUCCCUUCGAGUUGGAGAGCUGCUUGUCUCUGUGGCUGAGCACGCUCAGUCAGUACCGCGUCAGAGACACCUUCUGCUCUUACUCUGUCAUGGAGCUCUGCACUAAAGGGCUCGGUACUCAGACUGAGUUACUCAAGGCCCGUGGGGUGAACCUGUCGUGUGUGCGUAGCUGUGUGGUAAUAGCGGAGGAACGCCCUCGCCUCGUCCUCACACACUCCUUCUCCAAGCUGUUUAAAGACAUUGGGCUGUCACCCAGAGCCGUCAGCACUGCUUUUGGUUCCAGGGUUAACCUGGCCAUCUGCCUGCAGGGCACCACUGGUCCUGAUCCGUGUACAGUUUAUGUGGACAUGAAAUCCCUACGCCAUGACAGGGUGAGGCUGGUGGAGCGAGGAGCACCUCAGAGUCUUCCCCUAAUGGAGUCUGGCAAGAUACUGCCAGGUGUUCGGGUGAUAAUCGUAAAUCCAGAGACCAGAGGUCCGCUGGGUGAUUCUCAUCUUGGAGAGAUCUGGGUGAACAGCCCUCACAGUGCAAGUGGCUACUACACCAUCUAUGGAGAGGAGAGUCUUCAGGCCAACCACUUCAACACUAAGCUCAGUUUCGGAGACCCGCAAACCUUGUGGGCCAGGACGGGAUACUUGGGAUUUGUGAAGAGGACCGAGCUGUUGGAUGCCAGUGGGGAUCGACAUGACGCCCUGUUUGUGGUAGGCUCACUGGAUGAGACCUUGGAACUAAGAGGGCUGCGCUACCACCCGAUCGACAUUGAAACGUCAGUGUCCCGGGCUCACCGCAGUAUUGCUGAGAGUGCUGUCUUUACAUGGACCAAUCUACUGGUUGUGGUGUCUGAGCUUUGUGGUUCAGAGCAGGAUGCACUGGACCUGGUGCCUCUGAUAACCAACGUGGUCCUUGAGGAGCACCACCUCAUCGUGGGUGUGGUGGUUAUUGUGGACCCCGGGGUUAUUCCCAUCAACUCCAGAGGAGAGAAGCAACGCAUGCACCUCCGUGACUCCUUCCUCGCUGACCAGCUGGAUCCCAUCUAUGUCGCUUACAACAUGUGAGGUGUUGUGAUGGUCCUGGUCCUUGUUUAGCCAUCAUCCACAGUCUAUGGCGCUGGCAGAUGGUAAAAUGGAAAAAAAGCAUGAACCACAUGUAUUGCCACCCAGCACUGUGUGACACCAGCAUCUCUUGGCUACUGCAUGUCUGUGAUUUGCCAGGUUUGGAGUUGUUCACUGUGUUUUAUAGAUAGAUUUUUGCGAAUUGGGACGGAAGCAACAUGUAGAGCUUAUGGCAAAGACAAAAAAAAAAGCCCCUGUUGCUGCCCUGUUUUAUGGGGAAAAGACAAAACCACACACACAACAGGACCACUGCGUUAUUUCUGUAUUAAUGUCUUUGUGAAAAUCCAUCUUCCUCUUCUGUACCUCUGUACAAACCUCCUAAAACACUUCCCCUUGUGUGUGUUUACACAGAAUCCACAAGCUAAAACACUUCUAUUGAAAUAUUUUUUACAUGCAGCUUUCAAUCAAACGCACACAAUGCACGUGCUGUCAUUCCUCACUAACAUGGACGAAUAAAAGAGGGCAGAGGAAAGCAAAACAUUAUUCAAGUAGCCAAUCUCAGUCUGUGUGCAUUAUUUAGAACGUUUAUUUUGUCCCAUGAUGAUGAAGCCAAAUAGAUUUUUCCUGCCCUAAUAUAUUUCCUGCCUUAUAAAACUUCAGCCAUACAUUCCUAUAUUAAUUUUUAAUAAAUCUGUUAUAAAUUCUCCUUUUGGUUUUGACUAGUAGUGGAAGCCCUGACAGAUAUCCAAAGGGAUUAAAAUAAAAGAGGAAAGAGGCCAUAUUCUGUACUGUACCUAUAAAGGCCUGUUGUAUUUUAGAUACUGUAUGUUACUGUAUAGAUAUUUUUAAUUGUAUAAAUGUAUAAAUGCUUGACUUGUCUCUCUCAGUCGAUGGUUUCUGGAUAGUCAACCCAGCUGGGAGAUGACAACAGUAGCAGAAAGAAGAUUGUAAAUAAGAUUUAACAGUUUUGACAGUACUUUUGAAGUGGAAUAUUAGUCGUAUAAUGGAGGGUAACGAUGAAUAACUUCAAAGCAUUGUUAGUCAGGAUAGAUUUAACAUUGCACUUUCUCAAAUGUCUAUUUUAUUAUAACAAUGAGGCAUUAUAACUAACGGUUCAGGAGCAAAUAUUAUUCUUAGGAUUCUUCCUUGAGGAGCUUUGAGAGUUUACUGGGAGGGCUAUCACUGUUAAUGCCAGGGACUUUUCCUGUCGGCCCAUUUAAAAAAA